CCAUGCUCUUUGAGGUCGAAUAUGAAAGGUGUCACCGUCAGUGACAGUGUCUCCAGUACACUAGAGGGCAGUGUGAGGAACUCCAGUCGCAGGCGCUGAACGAUGAAGAAGAGCGUGCCGUGUUCCUCAACCUCACGUGGGAAUUAGUUGACAUAUGUUCAUCUUUGUGUUGACCCAAAGUACAUAACUAUCUCCUGAAAGAAGAUGACAGAUGCUUUCAGUAGCAACAGUGAGGCAGUUCUUCAGCGCACUGUCUAUGUGCCCACCGUCACAACAAGCAGCCAUGCUGGAAAUUUGAUGCAGCUGUAUCAAAUAACUGAGACAUGUCAUUUUGUCACUAGUAAUCAAUUCAAGAAGGUAGCCUUGCAGUUUCCAGAUGAACUCCUUCCUGAUGCCGUCCGGGUCUCUACCGAAAUAGAGAAUGAAACCAAAGCAAAGACAUUCAUUUUAGGUGAUACAUCCUAUGGCAGCUGUUGUGUGGAUGAGGUAGCAGCAGAACAUGUAAGAGCAGACUGUAUAGUGCAUUAUGGGCCAUCUUGCCUCAGCCCAUGCAGACGACUACCUCUUCUGUAUGUGUUUGGGAAUAGACCUAUAGAUGUCCAGCAGUGUGCUGCAGCUUUUAAAGAGCUUUACCCUGACUGCCAAAGUCAUGUCAUCGUACUGUACGAUGUCACCUAUUCACAUGCUAUAGGUGAUCUCAGGACGUUUUUGUGUGAUAUCUACCCCAAUGUUGUGGUAUCUCUUCUAAAAACGGACCAUUCCUGUGGUGCUGAACUGAUACAGGAAAGCUGUGUGGACAGUGAUCACUUGGAUUCACAGGAUGAUAUAGUCAUUUUUAAAUUUGGCAGACAGUUUAGUGUAAAAAAGGGCCAGAGUAUUGAUGAUUACAGUAUGUUUUACAUUGGCCAGGAAGGCCUGACUUUGACAAACUUCAUGAUGACCUGGAACCAUUGUGCCUUCAGCUCAUUCAAUCCAGAAACGUGCACAGGGCGAGUGGAAUCAGUUAAAAUCAACAAGGCACUGAUGAAACGCUAUUAUGCCAUUGAGCGGGCUAAAGAUGCCAGUGUGGUCGGCAUUUUGGUGGGCACCCUGGGCGUCGCCAAUUACCUGACCAUCAUAGAACAGCUGAAAGACAUUAUUCACAAAGCAGGCAAAAAGAGCUAUAUGUUUGCAAUGGGAAAGAUCAAUGUUCCUAAGCUUGCCAACUUCUUGGAAAUUGAUGUUUAUGUGCUAGUUGCCUGUCCAGAGAACUCACUGCUGGAUUCAAGUGAAUUCUACAGACCUGUGGUGACUCCCUUUGAGAUGGAUUUGGCUUGCAAUAAGCAAAGAGAGUGGACUGGAGAAUAUAUCACAGACUUCAGAGAUUUACUGCCUGGUGGAAGCAGCCAUGUGGUUUUCCCUGAACCAAAUCAGUCUACCACUGAAGAAGAGACCACAGAUGUCUCUCUUAUUACAGGAGCUCUGCGAGCCUGUUCCACCACCUCAUCUGAGAUCAUAAAUGGCACAUUAGGGGCUUCUUCACUUGUGCCCAGGAAUCAGACUCUCACUGUGGCCAAUACUAACACUGCAGCAUCAUUUUUGGCUGGCCGUAGUUGGCAGGGACUGGAGCCCAAACUGGGGCAGACACCAGUGGUGAAAGCUGCAGAGGGACGGAGAGGCAUUGCAAUCGCUUAUGAGGAGGAGGGUGUCGGUAUCAAAGAUGCUUUAACAUCUCCUCAAAAAUCAUAACACUCAUUUACUAUUGGACUGUCACAUAAAUCAAAGGACUACUUUCACACUCACAUCACAUGAAUCGCAUCAGUAUAUUGAAGAGGAUUUUUGCUGCUGGUCAAAUAUCAAGGAAGGUAAAUAUAAUAAUAUUUGUUAAAUAUAUGAAUAUGAAGUUCUAUUGUGCUACCAAUACGGUAGCAAGCUAUAGAAAGCAAAUUGAAUAAUAGAAGAAAAAUGUAACAGAUGUUAAAUGUGCUUUAAUGUUGUCUUUUUUUUUUAAAUGUUAAUCAAACAGAAUAAAACUCGUCCUUCUGCCUUUAUCA